CCCCACUCCGCGCACAAACCCAAAAGCAGAUAAGGGAGAAGAAAGCCGCCACCUAAUAAUGUCCUAAUCCCCCCGACCUCCUCCCGUCGAUCGAAAUUCCAAUUCCAAGGAGAGAGAAAAAAAGAGCGACUGAGAGCAACGGUGCGUGCGUGCGUGCGAGCGAGGGAACCCAGGCGAGGUAGCGGACCCCCCGGACGGGCGGGUGGUUCUAGGGUUAGGGUUUGCGGCAGCGGCGGCGGCGGCGGGGCUGGGGACCGUGCGUGCGCCUCCUUCGACGGUGAGCCGGAUGCUAUGCUGCUAGGCUGCGGGUCGCUCUCCUCGUGGGUGCGCCGCCUCGUCGCCUGCGUGGGAGCAGAAAUUGUUUUGGAUGUGCGAAGUCUACUCCUAUAACAGCUGUUGAUGAGCCUUCUAAAGGUUUAAGGAUUCAAGGGCGCUCGAUAAAACAUCGUAGUUUGUCUGAAGAUUUUUGGAGUACAAGUCCACGUGAAAUGGAGAACAGUGCCUUGCAGUCACAGCGUAGUAUGUCUUCCAUCAGCACAGCAGCACAAUCUAGUGAGCAGCAUGGAGCUGGAAGUAGCAGCAACCCAAAUGAGUUUGUAAAUCAAGGUCUUCUACUCUGGAACCAGACUAGACAGCAGUGGGUUGGAAACAGAAGGCUUAAUUCUCAGCGUCAAAAGACCCGGGAGCCAAAAAUAGGUUGGAAUGCUACGUAUGAGAGCCUGCUAGGAAGCACCAAGACAUUUGCACAGCCGAUCCCUCUUGGUGAAAUGGUAGAUUUCCUCGUGGACGGCUGGGAGCAGGAGGGGCUAUAUGAUUAGCUGCUUAAUUAAAGCGUGUUGGUAUUGUCUGGGGUCUCGUUGUUAAUCGCUGGAAUGUACUCAACUUUGGUUUAUCAAAGCGUGUGGGUGAUGAAUGUGGAUUAUCCUCGUGACAGGAUGGCAUCCCUUUUUCUUUUAAAGUAAAUGUAACAUAUUUUUAUCCUACUAUUUUUUUUUACAUUUA